AUGGCAGACGAUAACACCUCCAAACCAAACCACCUGGAGCCGUCCGAAUUAGGGACCAAGGAAUACUGGGACAACCUCUACAAGCGCGAGCUCGUCAACAACGCCUCCGACCCCGCCGACCGCGGCACGGUCUGGUUCGACGACUCGGACGCCGAGGCGAAGCUGCUCCAGUUCCUCGAGGGCCUGGCGGAGGGAGAAGAAACAUCAACAGAAGGACCAGCGGUCGCACUGGACCGGCAUUCGACGUCCUUCCUGGACCUGGGCUGCGGCAACGGCUCGCUGCUGUUCGCCCUGCGGGAGGAGGGCUGGCGCGGCCGCUGCCUGGGCGUGGACUACAGCGGCGAGAGCGUGGCGCUGGCGCGGCAGAUCGCCGGGUCGGGCGCCGUGGCGGGCGACGACGAGGUCGAGUUCGCCGAGUGGGACGUGCUGCGGGGCGACUACGGCGUCGUGCUUAGCCAGGCGCAGGGGGGAGGGUGGGACAUCGUGCACGACAAGGGCACGUUCGAUGCCGUCUCGCUGAGCGACGAGGCCGACGCUCGCGGGCGCCGCGUAAGUGAGGGCUACAAGGCACGCGUGGUGCGCCUCGUGCGGCCGGGUGGGCUGUUCCUCGUCACCAGCUGCAACUGGACCGAGGCCGAGCUCCAGGGCUGGUUCGGCGAGGGCAGCGCGGACGUCGAGGGCGGCGGCUCCUUUGUGCGGGUUGGCAGGGUCGAGUACCCGAGCUUCAGCUUCGGUGGGGUUAAGGGGCAGACCAUCAGCACGCUGUGCUUUCAGAAGAGGUGA